AAAAGAUGAAGGCAAUUCUCCCAGACUACUUGGACGCCAUGACAGGAAGGCAGUUAGCGUCAACAGUUAACAGUCAAACAGGGUAGAAUAUGACGGCGGCAACUGCAGCAGCAACUUCUGGAGCCCCCAAGCUCCUCCUCCGGUUCAGCAGCUACUCCUCUUCCGGGCCUCAAAACAACUUCAUGGGCUCCAGAACAGUUGCCAUCCACAUCCCAGAUUGCUUCUCUUCCCCGAGGGCCAAAGGGUCUUUCCCCAUCCUAGCUCUUGACCCUCGCAGACGACAAGAAGAAGAAGCAGAAGAGAAUUCAAGCAUCGUUAACAACACCACCGGUUUCAACUCUCAGAACGAUUUGGAAUAUUUGGGGAAGGUGCUAGCUGGUUCUAUUGUGGGUGGAGCUGUAAUAAAGUAUGGCAGCAUACUUUUUCCUGAGAUAACCAGACCCAACAUCAUACUGGCUCUUAUUAUGAUAUUUACUCCUGUCAUUAUAGCUACUUUACUUCUGAUCAAACAAAGUCGUGCAAAUGAAUGAAGCUACGUACGGGGUCCAAAAGAUUUCUUCAUCUUCUCUUUGUAUAUAAGAAAGAAAUUAUCCUUUUAAAAAUUUACUAGAUUCUCUUCACAGCAAACAGAGUUCUCUGAAAGAGUUGCCAAUGGUUGUAGAAUAACUGAGAUGUGCUUUGAGAUGCAGUAGGUGACUGGAGAAUGUAUUGGUUCUCAUUCGUCUGGCUUUCAUUAUUAUUUUGGGUUUCAUCCUCAUUUUGUCUGCUACAAAAGAUUUUAUUGAUAUCUUGUGCAAUGAAA